AUGUGGCCUCUCGUAGUACUGUGCCUUCUUUUCAAUCCAAUAAAUGCCCAAUUUGCUGAGAUCGCCUCCAUAGCUACAUCUUUACUCGGAUCUGGGCUUGGUCCAGCUCUUGGAGGUGCGGCCGCUGCCGGAUCAGCAGCAGCUCCUGGACUCGGCGCAUUGUCACAGAUCGGACAACUGUAUCAACUCGCACAAGGUGCGCUUCAGUUGACCGGCACUGGUGUUGGCGUUCUCAAUCAAGCGUCAGAAGGCAACUGGUUCCCAGCCGUACUCGAACAGGCUUCUAAGAACACAACUUGUUCUGCUAGCAUGAACGAUUCUCCCAUGUCCAUCAAUCUCCAAUUGUUCUUCCCACCUUACGCCACUCGAUAUGGUUUGGCUAUCUCUUCUCUUAUUGCCCCGCUUUUUACGACUACAAUGCCGAUCCAGAUCAUGUAG